AUGAAUAUAGGUGGUUAUAAAAAAAAAGGCAAUUUAGAUGAUGAAUUUCCCGAUGAUUUCGUAUUACCUCCUGGUGAUAAAGUAAAAGGAGAGAAAUUAUUUAAAAAGCAUUGUAAGCAGUGUCAUUCGAUAGCACCUGAUAAUAGUCAGACUAAUUCAGGAUUUACGAGUUGGGGACCUACAUUAUUUAAUGUAUAUAAUAGAACAGCAGGAAUGAGUAAAGGUAAUUCACCUUUCCAAACAUCUCCCGAUUUAUAUACAUCAGGAAUAAUAUGGAAUGAUGUGAAUUUACUUAAGUAUAUGAAAAAUCCACAACAAUUUGUUGAGUCACAUAUUGGUAUGAAUUUUAAGGGUUUAUCGAAUUUGCAAGAAAGGGUUGAUAUUGUACAUUACUUAAAAACAUUGACUUAUGAUGACCCUUAUGGAAAACAAAUUGUGGAAAAAUAUACAAAGAAAGGAAAGACAAGUGGAAGUAAAUAA